UGCUCGAACUAGCGGCAGCGGCGGCGCUUCCCGUUCGUCUCCUAAGUUACGUCCGUCCGCCCGUCCGCUCGUCGGGCCAUGGGAGUCCCGGCCUUCUUCCGCUGGCUCAGCCGCAAGUACCCGUCCAUCAUCGUGAACUGCGUGGAAGAGAAGGCAAAAGAAUGUAAUGGUGUAAAGGUUCCUGUUGAUGCCAGUAAACCAAAUCCAAAUGAUGUGGAGUUUGAUAAUCUUUAUUUGGAUAUGAAUGGAAUAAUACAUCCCUGCACUCAUCCUGAAGACAAACCAGCACCAAAAAAUGAGGAUGAAAUGAUGGUUGCAAUUUUUGAGUAUAUUGAUAGACUUUUUAAUAUUGUAAGACCAAGACGACUUCUUUACAUGGCUAUAGAUGGAGUGGCACCACGUGCUAAAAUGAACCAGCAGCGUUCAAGGCGCUUCAGAGCAUCAAAAGAAGGAAUGGAAGCAGCAGUAGAGAAGCAGCGAGUCAGGGAAGAGAUUCUGGCAAAAGGUGGCUAUCUUCCUCCAGAAGAAAUAAAAGAAAGAUUUGACAGCAACUGUAUUACACCAGGAACUGAGUUCAUGGACAAUCUUGCUAAAUGUCUUCGCUAUUACAUAGCUGAUCGUUUAAAUAAUGACCCUGGGUGGAAAAAUUUGAUGGUUAUUUUAUCUGAUGCUAGUGCUCCUGGUGAAGGGGAACAUAAAAUCAUGGAUUACAUUAGACGACAAAGAGCCCAACCUAACCACGACCCAAACACUCAUCAUUGUUUAUGUGGAGCAGAUGCUGAUCUUAUUAUGCUCGGUCUUGCCACUCAUGAACCCAACUUUACCAUUAUAAGAGAAGAAUUCAAACCCAACAAACCCAAACCAUGUGGUCUUUGUAAUCAGCUUGGUCAUGAAGUCAAGGAUUGUGAAGGCUUGCCAAGAGAAAAAAAAGGAAAGCAUGAUGAGCUUGCAGACAGUCUUCCUUGUUCAGAAGGAGAGUUCAUUUUCCUCCGUCUUAAUGUUCUUCGUGAGUAUUUAGAAAAAGAACUCACUAUGGCCAGCCUGCCAUUUACAUUUGAUGUUGAGAGGAGCAUCGAUGACUGGGUCUUCAUGUGCUUCUUUGUGGGAAAUGACUUCCUUCCUCAUCUGCCAUCCUUAGAGAUUAGGGAAGGUGCUAUUGACCGUUUGGUUAACAUUUACAAAAAUGUAGUACAUAAAACUGGGGGUUACCUUACAGAAAGUGGUUAUGUCAAUCUGCAAAGAGUACAGAUGAUCAUGUUAGCUGUUGGUGAAGUUGAGGAUAGCAUUUUUAAAAAGAGAAAGGAUGAUGAGGACAGUUUUAGAAGACGACAGAAAGAAAAAAGAAAGAGAAUGAAGAGAGAUCAACCAGCUUUCACUCCUGGGGGAAUAUUAACCCCUCAUGCCUUGGGUUCAAGAAAUUCACCUGGUUCUCAAGUAGCCAGUAGUCCAAGACAUGCAGCCUAUGAAAUGAGGAUGCAGAAUAAUUCUAGUCCUUCAGUGUCUCCUAACACAAGUUUCACUUCUGACGGCUCUCCGUCUCCACUAAGAGGAAUUAAACGAAAGGCAGAAGACAGUGACAGUGAACCUGAGCCAGAGGAUAAUGUCAGGCUCUGGGAAGCUGGUUGGAAACAGCGGUACUACAAGAACAAAUUCGACGUUGAUGCAGCUGAUGAGAAAUUCCGCCGGAAAGUUGUACAAUCUUAUGUUGAAGGACUCUGCUGGGUUCUUCGAUACUAUUACCAGGGAUGUGCUUCUUGGAAGUGGUAUUAUCCAUUCCAUUAUGCACCAUUUGCUUCCGACUUCGAAGGUAUUGCAGACAUGCCUUCUGAUUUUGAGAAGGGAACUAAACCGUUUAAACCUUUGGAACAACUAAUGGGAGUAUUUCCGGCUGCAAGUGGUAACUUUCUACCUCCUUCAUGGCGGAAGCUUAUGAGUGAUCCUGAUUCUAGUAUAAUUGACUUCUACCCUGAAGAUUUUGCUAUUGAUUUGAAUGGGAAAAAAUAUGCAUGGCAAGGGGUUGCUCUAUUGCCAUUUGUAGAUGAACGAAGACUUCGAGCUGCCCUAGAAGAAGUAUACCCAGACCUCACUCCUGAAGAAAAUAGAAGAAAUAGUCUUGGAAAUGAUGUCUUAUUUGUGGGGAAGCAUCAUCAACUCCAUGACUUCAUUCGAGAGUUAUACCAGACCGGUUCUGCAGAGCCAGUGGAUGUACCACCUGAAUUAUGUCAUGGGAUUCAAGGAAAGUUUUCUUUGGAUGAAGUAGCCAUUCUUCCUGAUCAAACUGUAUGUUCUCCUGUUCCCAUGCUAAAGGAUCUGACACAGAAUUCUGCAAUCAGUAUUAAUUUUAAAGACCCACAGUUUGCUGAAGAUUUUGUUUUUAAAGCUGUAAUGCUUCCAGGUGCAAGAAAACCAGCACCAGUACUGAAACCUGGUGACUGGGAAAAAUCGAGCAAUGGACGACAGUGGAAGCCCCAGCUUGGUUUUAAUCGGGAUCGACGGCCUGUUGUGCAUCUGGAUCAAGCAGCAUUUAGGACUUUGGGCCAUGCUAUGCCACGAGGCUCGGGAACUGGUGUUUACAGCAACACUGCGCCACCACCUACAUCUUAUCAAGGAAACUUAUACAGGCCACUGUUGAGAGGACAAACACAAAUUCCAAAACUUAUGUCUAAUAUGAGACCCCAAGAUUCCUGGAGAGGUCCUCCUCCUCUUUUUCAGCAACAAAGAUUUGACAGAAAUGUGGGUGCUGAACCUCUCCUACCAUGGAAUCGGAUGCUCCAAAAUCAGAAUGCAGCCUUCCAGUCAAACCAGUACCAGAUGCUAGCUGGACCUGGCGGGUAUCCACCCAGACGUGAUGAUCGUGGAGGGAGACAGGGAUAUCCUAGAGAUGGAAGAAAAUACCCUUUGCCUCCCCCGUCAGGAAGAUACAGUUGGAAUUAGGCUUUUGUAAAGCUUUCCCAAAUCCUUUCAUCAUUCUACAAUUUUAUGCUCUUUGUGCAAAGAUUUUUUUCUCAAGUAGUAGUUUUUUUAAUAAAACUACAAUACUUUGUGUAUUUCUCUUAAUGUGUAUAUUUCUACUGACCUGAUCUCACUGUUUUAUGUUGCUUUCCAAAGAUGUGUGUGGCAUAAUCCAGUGGAUCUGAAUUUUGUAUUGCUUGUAAAACACAUUUGGUGAAAUUGGGGUACUGAUUUUUCAUUAUAGUGAAAAAUCCAACUAGCUGUGGAUUUCAGAACACAGUAUCUUCUGCAUCAAGGUUCAUGCUGAUUUUUAAUGCACAAUAAUUAGGUGUAAAUUCAUGUGCUGGAAAGUUCAACCAAGUAGAUUAUAUAUUGUUUGGUAUUUUUCUUUGGAAACAUUUCAUUAAUGUAUUUGUCUUAUAAAAUUUUUUGAACUUUAGUAAAAAAAAAUACAACAACAACAAAACAAACUUUUAAA